UUUGUUGAUUUCCAGAGGCCGUCGGCGGGUUCUGCUCUCAGAAUGGAUGCCCUUACUGCCGGUGGCUUCAUGGUCUCGAAUGCCAUAAAGAAGAUCGGUUUGGCUAUACUCGUUUGCGUCCUUGCUUUUGUGGGCGGGUUGGUGGGACUCGUUGUUGGCAGCCUUGCGGGGCUGACCAAGGGAGCCGGAUUCGAAGCUGGUGCACGAACCGGAGCCUUCUGCGGUGCCCUUGUCUCCGUUCAGCUGCUUCUUGGACCGACUCCAGUUUCCGGUGGACCUUCUUCUUUAGUGCACAUAUUUCUAAGCAUAAGCAGCGGGACAUUUUUGGACGAUUGGGCCGGACUAACAACAUACGAUCAAGAAGAGGCUGACAUGAUCGAAGCAAACUUUGAAGCUCACUGGAACAUCUUCUGUAUAAAUACGACUACAGGAAUGCUGCCAGAAUCCAUUAAGAAGUUGCCGAACUUUGUUGUUGACAACCAAGGCAAUAUGAAGUCCAGCAUUAAAGGGAUAACUUGUGUUAUUUGUUUUCAGGAUCUCGACCAAGGUGAUGCUGCUAGGAGUUUACCACAAUGUGGCCAUCUAUUUCACAUGAUUUGUGUAGACAAAUGGCUUUUAGUGCAUGCCUCUUGUCCAGUAUGUAGGCAGAAUGUUCGGCAUAAGUAG